AUGAAUGCAAUCAAGGUUCUACUCAUCUGCCUGUGUUUGUACACGAUACUACAGGAGAUCGAAGCUGACACAACCGUUAGUGUUAAGGCACCAGUAGCCGACAAGUCAGCGAAGAUUUCCAAACCGACUAGGAAGUAUCCGAGACCAGGGAGGUCAUUAGAAAAGAAUAAGAAGAAAUCGUCGACCGAGCUACCAGAUGGAGCAGUCAGAGUUGAGCAGCCGAAACCAGAAGAGAGUGGAAUCAUACUGGACCUGAUUGCAGCAAUGCUUUAG